CGGUGCCUGCGCGGGCUGCGCCCCGCGGCCGGCCCCGGCAUGAGCAUCUCCAUCCCGGCGGGGCUGACGGAGCUGCUGCAGGGCUUCACGGUGGAGGUGCUGCGGCGCCAGCCCGGCGACCUGCUGGAGUUCGCGCUCCAGUACUUCGGGCGCCUCAAGGAGGAGGCGGCGGCGGCGGCGGCGGCGCCGGAGCCGGAGCCGAGCGGCCGCGCCGGCCAUGAGCGCGCCCGCGGCAGCCUGCCGCCGCGCCGGGCCCCCGCCGACGCCCGCGGCGUCAACUUCGCCGAGGAGCCGGCGCGCAGCGACUCGGAGAGCGGCGAGGAGGAGGCGCCGGCGGCGGCGGCGGCCUUCCCGGCUCCAGCAAUAAAUCGAUUCACAAGACGGGCAUCAGUGUGUGCAGAAGCUUACAAUCCUGAUGAAGAAGAGGACGACACAGAAUCCAGGAUUAUUCACCCUAAAACAGAUGAUCAAAGAAACAGACUGCAAGAGGCUUGCAAGGACAUUCUUCUUUUUAAGAACCUAGAUCCAGAACAGAUGUCUCAGGUGUUGGACGCGAUGUUUGAAAAGCAAGUUGAAGGAGGAGAGCAUGUCAUUGAUCAAGGGGACGAUGGUGACAACUUCUACGUCAUUGAUAGAGGCACAUAUGAUAUUUAUGUAAAAUGUGAUGGCGUUGGGAGGUGUAUUGGAACCUAUGAUAACCGUGGCAGUUUUGGUGAGUUGGCCUUAAUGUACAAUACGCCCAGAGCAGCUACAAUUAUAGCUACCUCUCCUGGUGCCAUCUGGGGUUUGGACAGAGUAACGUUCCGAAGAAUCAUUGUAAAAAACAAUGCCAAAAAAAGAAAAAUGUAUGAAAAAUUUAUUGGGUCAUUGCCAUUCCUUAAAUCUUUAGAAGUAUCUGAACGUUUGAAAGUGGUUGAUGUGAUUGGUACCAAAGUAUACAAAGAUGGGGAACAAAUCAUUGCUCAGGGUGACAUGGCUGAUUCUUUCUUCAUUGUGGAAUCUGGAGAAGUAAGGAUUAUAAUGAAAAGGAAGGGUAAACAAGAUGUAGAAGAGAAUGGAGCAGUUGAAAUAGCUCGAUGCUCAAGAGGACAGUAUUUUGGAGAACUUGCUCUUGUGACCAACAAACCACGAGCCGCUUCCGCAUUUGCUCUUGGCACUGUCAAGUGCUUAGUUAUGGAUGUUCAGGCAUUUGAAAGGCUUUUGGGACCUUGUAUGGAAAUUAUGAAAAGAAACAUUGCAAACUAUGAAGAGCAGCUAGUUGCUCUGUUUGGAACAAACAUGGACAUUGCCGAUCCCCGUGCGUGAACUAAACAAUGGAGCAACAAGAUCUGAUACGAGAACAUAGCACAGUAGUGGUUAGUCCACUGAGAAAUUGUCUCUCUUCCUAUAGAUGCCAAGCAUUUUCUGUGAUUUCAGGAGUGGGUUUGGGGGUAUUUUUUGGACUUACUACAAUGGAAAUACUAGUAAACAAGAUAGGAAUUUAAUAAAUUGUGUGCGUGAUUUUUAAGAGUGCUCAGCAUUGAUGGUUCCUUGAUGUGAAAUCAGGAGGACCUGUAGUAGCACAGCACCUUUGAAAAUCAUGUCCCUUACACACAGCAUUUCCCUAAAGAGUAGAUUUCAAGAAACCCACAUGUGAAGAACUUGUUAAACCAGCUUCUGCUCUUCAAAAUGGUUACAACUUUUCUGGAAAGACUGUUAGUUUGAAUGUGGUAUGUUGAAAGUAUUAGUGCACACAAAGUGUUUAUAUGUAUUAAUACAGAAGAUAUACAGUAGAUAUUACUUUCUGACUAUUACAGUUGUCAUGAUUUUAUGUUGCAUUUAUCACAGAUGUAGUGAAACACAAGACUAAUCGUAAGAUAAAGCAUGACAAUGCAUUUUGUGUAAAGCUCAUGACCCAAAUCUGAUUUUUAACAUUUUGUAAUUUGUUUUAAAGUCCUCUUUGUUUAAUAUGUCACAUUUCAGAACGACAUUGUAAUAUUUUAUGCAAUUUAGAGGACUUGUAUAUUUUUGCAAUAAACUGCAUUUUUUAUUAGUUACAUGUAUUCUGUACAUUCUGGAGUGAGGACAACUGACAAAUUAACCCUGAUGCUUUAAAAGCAAAGGUAUAGGUCAUUGUUAUGUUCUACCUAAUCAUGCAUAACUUGCAUUUUUUUUCUUUCUCUUUUGUUUUAUAUUUAUGCGUGUCUUCUCUAUCUAUGCUUGUUCUCUAGUUAAUUUUUUUCAGAGCUCACCUUUUAUCUGUUAAAUCUUUUCCCUGUUUCAAAUGAAAUGAUUUCUGUAUAUCUCUCCUCUUACAGUCUAAUCUUAGGUAUCGAAGACCAGAUGCAGUUAGGAAGUGAUUGACAUUGAAAGCCAUGCUAAACUGAGCUUGUUCUAGAAAAUCCCUAUCAGAAAGUACAAAAAUAAUUUGAACUUGGAAGAUCAAUAAUUUAAAAGUUUUGUGCAAGUUUGAAAAGUAUGUCGUCAUUAAAGCUGACAUGUCCUACUUUCAAAAACGUGUAGGUCAUCAUAAAAUACCUUUUUGACCAUAAUAGCAUGGGAUACCUUUUGAGACUGAGGAGAGAGAAUAUCAUCUUAAUUCGGAGCACAGGGCUCAUUGCUUAUAAAGGUCGGUGACUGGAAAUUUCAGGCAUAGUCUACUUUUAAUACUGCUUAUUAACCCACCUGGUGAUGUACAUGGGAAGCUAGUGCAUAUGAUGGCAAUUGACAGUAGUUCUGCCUAAAUGACAGUGGAAGAAUUUUAGGAAGGUUGGUUGUGCCCUGUUCCAAACCACCUGAAUGACUACAUCUUUCCUUCUUAAGUAAUGACUUUUCUAAUGUCAUAUAUUUGUGUAUGUUGAUGUAAUUAUUAUCCUACAGCUAGUGAUAUGUUCUGACAAUUUAUAUGAUCAUACCUGAAUAUGAAAUUAUGAUUAUAUAAUACUAUUUCAAUAUACAAUUUAUACCAUACAAUAUGGUGUAAAUUAUUAAACAAAAUACUAAGAAAAUUCAAUCUCAGCAAAAUUUACCAGUGUCAUUUUUUUUUUUUUACCUAGAAACCUGGUAUGAAUAAUUGCAAAUAUGAUAACUUGCCUUUGUACUUUUCAUUUAUGGAAAAAAAGGAGAAGCCUGUUAUACUAGGAAGGAAAUAAUGAGGUAACCAAAAUCUACACUCUUGUCAUUCUGUAUGCUUAAUCUCUGAAAGUUACCUAUACUUUGCACUAGCUUAAUGUGAUUAAGAAAAAUGCUAACAAUUACUUGUAUGGCAGUAAACUACAAUCAAGGCCAUAAAUGCCAGUCACAGUAUUUUCAAUAUUGUUGGUUAUAUUUAAAGUUUCCUUACAAUAAACAACACUUUUAUAUAUAAA